AUGCAAAUAGGUUUCACAACCGAAAAAAUUUGCGGGGAUGAUAAUUAUAUCAUGCAUCGUAUCAUGAAUAACCCUUACGGCUUCGAAGACAAACGUGUCUAUGUGUUUUUGGAUCUGUUGGAUCAAGCCACAGAUAGACAAAAAGAAGUACAACUAAGAUUAGAUGCUUUGAAUUCUCUUAAACAAUUAGUCGGAGAACAAGUUAAUAUAUUACAUCCUGAUUUAUUAUAUAGAAUUAGUGGUUUUUUACGAGAUUCUGUAAAUGAAAUAAAAGAAUGGACCGUAGAAUUUAUGGAGUUUGCUUUUAUGAAAAUUGGAUUAUCACGGACAUUACGGAAAGAUAGUUUAGAUAAAGUAUUACCUUCCAUAGGAUAUAUUAUCAACUACGAAUCUUCUCCUGCCAUAAUUAAAAAAGCGAUACUUUGGAAUUCUUCAAUUUAUCCAUUAAUAUUUGAAAGAGUAGCUGAAAAUACAUUAGAUUCCGCUUCCCUUUGGAAAACUUCAUCAUCAAUCAAGUCUCAAAUUAUGAGGUUUUUUGAUUCGGAAAAUACGAAUCAAGGCAUUCGAAUUUGUGCUGUCAAGUACUUUGCAACUGUCGCAAAAGUUCAAUCUCGUCGAAUGCCGGAUUCAUUGCCUAGACCCGAAGAAGACUUUUCUUUGUCUAAUUGUCAACCUUUACAUCCCGUAUUGGAUUUACAAUACCUUGAAAAAGAAUCAGUGUCAAUUGUUAAUGGAUUGAUGAUGAUGACGCGAACCGAGUCAAGCAGCGUCAUUACGGCUAUAAUUAAUGCAUUUGGACCUCUGUUAAGAGCAAGACCACAGUAUGUUUCAACAUUCGUAAACAAUGUGGUAUCAUGGACAAAAAUCCCGGAAAAAAAUUUGCGUUUAAGCGAGUUUCAGAUAAAAAGUGUUAAAAGAUCGAUGAAGGUACAAAUGAUGGCAUUAUUAAGAAUACAUGAAAAUGCGCUUUUCGCUAUGGAAAUAUUUAAUGCUAUAAUUGUGUUAGGAGGCAAGAACGAUCCCUCGAAAUUUCCAAGACAAUUUCGUAGGAAUUUACAACAAAGAGAAGCUAUGGAGGAAAAUGGUCGUGGGGUUGCACAAAGGUUUCCGAUCCAACAACAAUCGAAUAUUAGUUUUGAUCCAUCACAAUUUGCUCUACCUUUUGUCGUGGAAGUCAUUUGUUUGGUUUUGAAAACAAUUCCGCAAGAGAGAUUGAAUCAAACGAAAAAGGCAAUACAAGAGCGAAAUACAAGACAAGUAACAACAUCGACCUCGCAACAUGAAACAUCAAAAAUUCGUGAUCAAAAGCCACGUGAUCCACGUUUAGAAGAAUUUACAGAUGAAGAGAUGGCAGCGGAGGAGAAAGAAAGAAUGAUGGUUGAUGAAAAGGACAGGUUGGAAAAGGUGUUAGAUGAGAUAGUUCAAGGAAUAGUUCCUAAUUCACCAACUCCACCUUCGGUAGAAUCAGAUUCUGAUUUGUCAAUGGAAAUGGAAGUAGAUAAAACUAAAAUCGAACCUAUACCUCCUCCAUUUGAAGAGGACGUUUAUAGUGAUGAUGUUGUCGUAGAUCUACCAAAACCAGAUAUGAUGGAAGAAAUAACUCCAACUCCACCUGAAGUCGAAUCAACACCAGAACCACAAACAUUGCCUGUUCCUACUUUCAAAUUUCAACCUUACGCUCUUCCACCUCCCGAAACCUUGUCCCAAGAACAUUCUAUUUCUUUUAUAAAAAAUGCUUUUAAAAAUAUUUUGGACGUUGAAGCUGCAUUAUCUGCUGAUGUGAAAGACAAACGUUCGAAUGUAGUUCUAACAACUUUGUCUAAUGGUAAAAGACUAACAAAAUCACAAUUACACAUAAUGGCUUCAAGGUUCUUAACUCGAGGCCUUGAAACUUAUUAUGAGAAUGGUCACAAACAAUUUGAUGACUUGAGAGAAAUGAUUGUUCAAUUUAUACUUAAAGAUUUCAAGAAUAGAACAGAAUUUGCUUUAACGUGGUUAGAUGAAGAAUGGUAUCAUGAUUCUAUUAUGUUACGUAAAGAUCCUUCAUAUCAACCAAACUACUCAAUUUGGUUAUGCAAAUUGUUAGACAGAAUCAUGCCAGCUCUUGAAGAUCAUAUAUUUACGCAAUUUCUACUGGAUGUUCCUGAGUUAUUUGAAGAUGCUGUGGAUCGAAUAAAAAUCUUUUGUAACGAUCCUGAUAGGAGUUCACUUGGAUUCGCUACUUUAAGUGAAUUAAUUGAACUUAGACCACCAGCAAGACCAUUUUGUUUAAAAAUUUUGUUGGCAUAUUGUUUGCACAAAGGGGAACGGUUGAGAAAUUCGGCUAUUACCAAAGCUAAUAAAUGGUUUCCUGAUCAUCCAGUGGUCAGUAGUGAGGUUGAAUCUUUCGCAUUACAGUCAUUGAAACAGCUCACACAGGAAGUGCCACCUCCAACAUAUGACUUUCAUUAUCAUUACCAUUUUAGUGAGACCACAAAUAUAACAAAAGAUGACAUGAAAGAGGAGGAAAGGAAAUGGACGCAAAGAAAUUUAGAUGGAAGAUUUUUAUUCCCGAUCAUUGCGUAUUUUGAUAAGGAAGAAAUACUACGUCAUCUUCCUAAAGUCAUUGUUACGCUUGAUGCUACUGAAAAACAAAGAGAAAUUGUAAAAAAAGUUUUCAUGAAAAUUUUAACAGUUUCAGCGAAAACUCCAACACCAUUAAAGCCAAUGGACUUAUUAAUUUUUUUGCAUCAAUUAAAACCACACGAAGUUCCAUUAAAACACUCUGUUGAAGCAAUUCAUGUGUGUUUCAAAUUAAACAAUAUAUAUACUUCACAAAUACUGGGUGCUGUGCUACAACAUCUAUCUGUGCAAUCCGAGUUGCCACCAUCUUUUAUGAGGACGGUGACAUUAAGUGUUAGAACAUAUAAAAAUUUAUCGAGCGUUGUAAAUGAAUUGUUGCUACGACAUAUUAAUCAUAUUUGGCAAAAUGAAAUGCUGCGUAAAGGAUUUAUAUUAUAUUGUACUGAAUAUUGUCUCAAGAUACAACCAAAUGAUUUUAAAUUUUUAUUACGAUUACCCAAAACUCAAAUAUUAGAAGUAUUAGAACAAAAAGAUCCCACAUUAAAGAAACAAUUUAGAAAAACAAUGCUAGAGUCGAAUGCUGAUCAAAGACGUUUACUCCAGGGAUAUUUAAUUGAACUAUUAGAGAUUAGUGAUUAA